AUGGUACAAAUUCAUGGGUUUAGCGAUGCGUCGGAGCACGCAUAUGGAGCGUGUUUGUACCUUCGAUCUAUCGCUCCUGACGGGUUUGUCACUAUUCGUCUCCUAGCAGCUAAGUCGCGAGUAGCUCCGUUGAACAACAAAUCUAUUGCACGCUUGGAGCUCUGCGCAGCAUUGCUCCUAGCUCGAUUGCUCCUGUCCGUCUGUACCAGUAUCAACGUCACGGAAAAUAUUCACUUGUGGACCGAUUCAACGAUUGUACUUCAUUGGUUGUCUGCAAAUCCGUCCACGUGGCAAACCUUUGUGGCCAACCGGGUCGCAGAGAUCCAAGAACUUACAACCAACUGCACUUGGAACCACGUUCCAGGAGACCAAAACCCGCGGAUAUGA